AUGAUGAGCCUGUCGCUUACACGAUUUUAUCGAGCGAGUCAAAUAUUGAGAAGAGCUGUACGGCACCAUGAUGAAACAUUCAAUCAUCAAGAAAAUUUCAAGACCGUAAAAAAGAGAAUUGGAAUCAUCGGAGGUGGACCCGGAGGCCUCACGAGUGCCAUGUUAUUGGCAUCUAAAGGCUUUGAUGUUACAGUUUUUGAGAAGGGAAGUCGUGUCGGUGGUCGGAACUCUUCCAUCAUGGUUGGAGAUUCUAAAAUCGAUGUAGGACCCACUCUUCUCAUCAUGAAAUUUAUAUUAGAUGCAGUAUUCAAAGAUGCUCAUCGGAAGAGUGAAGAUUAUUUGAAAUUCAUUCGAUUGGAUCCCAUGUAUCGACUGAUAUUUGACAAGGAGAAUACAAGAAAUGCUGAUGAAAAUCGUACUUGUGGAGAUGAGACGACUACUACUUACGUGGAUUGUCACGAUAUGCAAAGUCAUGAAAAGAUGGAACAUGAAUUGGAGAGAGUGUUUGGAUCAAAAGCUGUGAAAGGUUAUCAUCAAUGGUAUGAAUUUGAAAAGAAGAGAUAUCCCUCUGUGAUGAAACUUCUUCAAAGAACCUAUUCCAAUCAUUGGGAUAUUAUCAAUUGGGAUGCUAUUAAGGCACUACCAAUGAUUGGACUUCACAAAUCCAUGAUGAAAAUGUUAGAUCGAUAUUUUGAGAAUCCAUUGAUGAAAAUUAGUUUUUCCUAUCAAUCGAAAUAUUUGGGUAUGAGUCCAUGGAAUACACCAUCAGUAUAUGGAUUAAUACCGUAUGCAGAACAUUCUUUUGGAGUUUAUCAUGUAGAGGGUGGGCUUUCUACCAUUUCAGAGCAAAUGGCGAAAAUUAUUACGGAAGAGUUAGGUGGUAAAAUUCAUUUAAAUUCGACGGUGAACAAGAUUGUGAUUGAGAGGGGAUCGAGAAUGAUUAAGGAAAUUGAAGUGACACGCAAGGAUGAGCAGAAUGGUUCAGAAAUAACUGAAGCGUAUCAUUUCGAUGAAUAUAUAUGUAAUGCUGAUUUUCCAUAUAUUGUUAGAAAUAACAUUCCAAAUAGCGAGGAAAUAUUUCAAACAUGGACUCCAACAAAGAUUGACUCGAAACAAUUUAGUUGUAGUGGCUUCAACAUGUAUCUAGAAUUGGACAAGCUUUAUGAAAAUAUUCACACUCAUGUCAUUGCUUUUCCAAAGGAUAUUAAGAAGGCUUACAAAACCAUGAUGGUUCCAAAUAGUGGUGACUGGACAGAGAAUAUUACCCUGUAUGUGAGAAAUUCGUGUGUGGUUGACAAGACUGUAAGCCCGCAAGGAAAAUCUGGUCUUUUUGUGAUGGUUUUCGUUCCCAAUUUACAAGUUGAUCAAAAUCACACAGAUUGGUCCAACAGUGCAACUAUACAGCGAGUGAAAAUGCUUGCUUUAGAAAUUCUUGAACGAAAAUGUGGCUUUAACGACAUUCAAAACCACAUUUUGAGUUGUAAAAUUUUGACACCACUCACAUGGAGAAGCGAAAAACAUGUAGAAUUUGGAUCUGUCUUUUCCAUGAGCAAUACCUUAUUUCAGAGUCUUUCAUUCAGGCCACGAAACAAAUUCCACGAGUUGGAUAAUUUAUAUUUGACAGGAGGACAUACACAUCCAGGAAGCGGCCUUCCUGUGAUUUAUGAAAGUGCUAGGAUGGUUUGUGACUUGUUGUGCCAAAAGUAUAACAUCCCUUAUACACCAACUUCUAUUAUUUAA